AAGUCGGCGCGGGCCAGGCGGCGGGUGGAAGCCGGUACCGAGAGGAACUACAAGCGUCGCCGCCUGGGUCGUGCCGCCGCGGUGGGCGCUGCGCUCUGAGCGCAGCGCAGGCCCCGUAGCGACCGCCCGCCCGCCCUCUGUCCGCGAUGGAGGUGCCGGCCGCGGGCCGCCUUUCCUCCGAGGGCGCCCCGACGGCGACCGUGGCCGAGGUGCGCUGCCCGGGGCCCGCGCCGCUGCGCCUGCUGGAGUGGAGGGUGGCGGCGGGCGCGGCGGUGCGCAUCGGCUCGGUGCUGGCCGUGUUCGAGGCCGCCGCCUCCGCGCAGCCCGCUGGGGCCCCUCAGUCUCGUGCAGCCUCCGGGGGCUGCGUGCGCCCUGCGCGGUCGGAGCGCAGGCUGAGGUCGGAGCGCGCGGGCGUGGUGCGGGAGCUGUGCGCGCAACCGGGCCAGAUGGUCGCUCCAGGGGCGGUUCUGGUGAGACUGGAAGGAUGCAGCCACCCGGUUGUCAUGAAAGGCCUGUGUGCUGAAUGUGGCCAAGACCUCACCCAGUUGCAGAGUAAGAACGGGAGGCAGCAGGUGCCACUGUCCACGGCGACCGUGUCCAUGGUGCACAGCGUGCCGGAGUUGAUGGUGAGCUCCGAGCAAGCGGAGGAGCUGGGAAGAGAAGACCAGCAGCGACUGCAUCGGAACCGGAAGCUGGUGCUCAUGGUGGAUCUGGACCAGACGCUGAUCCACACAACCGAGCAGCACUGUCAGCAGAUGUCGAAUAAAGGCAUCUUUCACUUCCAGCUGGGCCGGGGUGAGCCCAUGUUGCACACGCGCCUGCGUCCGCACUGCAAGGACUUCCUGGAGAAGAUCGCCAAGCUGUACGAGCUGCACGUCUUCACCUUCGGCAGCCGGCUGUACGCGCACACCAUCGCAGGCUUUUUAGACCCCGAGAAGAAGCUUUUUUCUCAUCGAAUAUUAUCCAGGGAUGAAUGUAUUGACCCGUUUUCUAAAACGGGAAACCUUAGAAACCUCUUUCCUUGUGGAGACUCAAUGGUUUGCAUUAUUGAUGAUCGAGAAGAUGUCUGGAAGUUUGCCCCCAAUCUGAUAACUGUGAAGAAAUACGUGUACUUCCAGGGCACAGGUGACAUGAAUGCGCCCCCUGGGUCCCGAGACUCUCAGAUGAGAAAGAAAGUAAAUCAUUCUUCUCGAGGCACCGAGAUCGCAGAGCAAGCUCCGCCCGUGAGAGAGCCCGAGGGAGCAACGCAGGCCCCUGGAGUGGAGCCCAGCAAUGGCCUGGAGAAGCCAGCUCAGGAGCUGAACGGCAGUGAGGCUGCCGCCCCACAGGACUCGCCCCGCCCCGGGAAACCGGACGAGAGGGACACCUGGCCCGCUACCCAGGCCCCCACCAGCAGCGGAGAGCUGGCAGGCACUCCUGAGCCCCAAGGAUCCUGUGUGCAGGGUGGCCGGGCGGCACCGGGACAGCGGCCUGCCCAGGAUGCCACAGGCACUGACCUGGACUUCGACUUAUCCAGCGACAGCGAGAGCAGCAGUGAGUCCGAGGGCACGAAGUCUCCUUCCUCCGCCUCUGACGGCGAAAGUGAGGGGACAAGCCGGCAGAAGCUGAAGGAGGAGGAGAACCCGGCUCCAGAGGGAGCCGGGGCACUGGCUCAGGGCAGUUCCCUGGAGCCGGGGCGGCCUGCAGCACUGAGUCUCCCCGGAGAGGCCGAGCCCAGCACGCAUGCCCCAGACAAGGGGCCCGAGCUGGGUGGGCAGGAGGAGGGCGAGCGGGACGGCCUCUGCGGCCUGGGCAAUGGCUGUGCCGACAGGAAGGAGGCGGAGACCGAGUCACAGAACAGCGAGCUGUCGGGCGUCACCGCGGGCGAGUCCCUGGACCAGAGUGUGGAGGAGGAGGAGGAGGACACGGACGAGGAUGACCACCUCAUCUACCUGGAGGAGAUCCUGGUCCGUGUGCACACCGACUACUACGCCAAGUACGACCGCUUCCUCAACAAGGAGAUCGAGGAGGCGCCGGAUAUCCGCAAGAUUGUGCCGGAACUGAAGAGCAAGGUGCUGGCUGAUGUGGCCAUAAUUUUCAGUGGGCUGCACCCGACAAACUUCCCGAUAGAGAAGACGCGGGAGCAUUACCACGCCACGGCGCUAGGAGCGAAGAUCCUCACUCGGCUGGUGCUGAGCCCCGACGCCCCUGACAGGGCCACGCACCUGAUCGCCGCGCGGGCUGGCACAGAGAAGGUGCUGCAGGCGCAGGAGUGCGGACACCUGCACGUGGUCAACCCUGACUGGCUGUGGAGUUGCCUGGAGCGCUGGGACAAGGUGGAGGAGCAGCUCUUCCCGCUCAGGGACGACCACACCAAGGCACAGAGGGAGAACAGUCCUGCAGCCUUUCCCGACCGGGAGGGUGUGCCCCCCACCACCUUGUUCCACCCGAUGCCCGUUCUUCCCAAGGCCCAGCCUGGCCCCGAGGUUCGAAUCUACGACUCCAACACGGGGAAGCUCAUCAGGACGGGCGCCCGGGGGCCCCCAGCGCCCCCCAGCUCCUUACCCCUCCACCAGGAGCCCUCUUCCUUCAGGGCCUGAGAAACAUCUGGCUUCCUUCUGGGCUCCGUCGUUCAGAUGACUGAUCUUCUGUCUUUGGCCGCUUUUCCUGUAGGUAAGCUGUGUUUUCUCUUCCAUUGCCAUCGAGGUUUUUCUCCAUCUUUAGUUGAGGUUUGAUGAUGAGGUGUCUUGGUGUAGAUUUGGAGGGUUUACCUUGUUUAGGUUUGACUCUGCUUUUUGAGUUGGAAGGUUUAUGUCUUUUGACGUCUUUGGGACAUUUCCAGCCAUUGCUUUUCAAGGCCAUCUCUGCCAUGCAUGGGACGGCAGGGACACGGAUGCUGAGGCUUUUCGUAUCUCGUGCGUCCCUAAGCUGUGUUCUUUUUCCUGUUCAGCUCAUUUUCUCUGUUGUCCGGGUUGGGUGAUUUCUGUUAGAUUUUUAGGUUCACAGCCUUCCUCUGUCUCCUUCAUUUGCUGCUAGUCUGUCCAUGACAUUUUUUGGUUUUAGUUUUUAUUUUUCAGUUAUAAAAUUUCUGUAUCUUCUAUUUCUUUACCAACCCUUUGUGUUUUUCAUUUGCGUAUUUGCAAGCAUAUUUGCAAUUGCCUGUUGAAGCAUUUUUAUCAUGGAUGCUAUAAGUCAUUAUGAAUUUUAGCAUCUCUGCCCUCUCAGCUUGGCCUCUGUUGAUUGUCCUUUUCUCCAUAGUUUGAGAUCUUCCUGGUUCUUGCUGGGGCAAGUGACAUUGGAUUGAAACCUGGACCUUUUUCAAAUCAUGUUAGGAGACUCUGGAUCUUAUUUAAACCUUCUCCCAUCGCUCAUUUUUUUUUGGGCCAUGCUCCAGCAGCAGGAGUGGAGGCCCCCUAGUUCCUGCCAGUCGGGACAGGAGUCCAUUUCCCCACACGGCCUCUUUUUGAUGCCUGAGAGUGGGGGAUGAGGGUGACGCCGUUGCUGGUGGACACAUGUGGGGAUGGGGGUGACGCUGUUGCUGGUGGACAGCUGUGGCGAUGGGGGUGACGCUGUUGCUGUGGCAGUCCUGGCUCCCCACGUCAUCGCUGGCACCAUGGGAGGAGGGUCUGCAUCUUCAGUGGGGGCUGGUGACAAUCCCGAUGCCCCCACAUGGGUGGGAGGAGUGUCUGCAUCUUCAGUGGGGGCUGGUGACAAUCCUGACACCCCCGCGUGGGUGGGAGGAGUGUCUGCGUCUUCAGUGGGGGCUGGUGACAAUCCCGACGCCCCCACAUGGGUGGGAGGAGUGUCUGCACCUUCAAUGGGGGCUGGUGACAAUCCCGACGCCCCCACAUGGGUGGGAGGAGUGUCUGCACCUUCAGUGGGGGCUGAUGACAGUCCUGACGCCCCACAUGGGUGGGAGGGGCCUCGCUGCUGCCAGUGGGGUUGGAUGUCGGGCUCCCCACAGGCUCCCCCAUGGCCUUCUCUGAGACCUCAGAGGUGGGGUGUUUGGCUGGAGUAGAGCAGUUAUCACAGGUUUUUAACAUUAAUUGAAACAUUUAAUUCAGUUUAAAAUAACAGUACAGUUGGUCCUUUGAACAACACUGCUUUGAACUGCGUGUGUCUGGUUAUACGUACAUGGGUGUUUCAGCCAAAUGCAGAUGGGAAGCGCGUGUUCAUGGGAUGGGAAGCGCGGCGCUCGCGGGAUGGGUAGCGUGUGUUCACAGAGGGCCAAGGUGAAGAGUGGACUUUGCCAAGGCUCAGGAAGUCCUGAAUUCCAAACAGCACAGAUCAGCACCUUCAGAUUUCUGGGCAGAAAAUCUUCUCUUCAUUGUAAAUAGCCUAAUACAGCUAUGUCUUUUUAGUUUUGUGACUUUGACUUAAUGCCUGUAUUCCUUCACCAGGAUGGGUUUUAUCCCCUCAUCCUCGUGCCUGUCCCGAGCGAGCUGAUGUCUGGGACGCACACUCAGUGCCUCCUGAUCUCGUCCUUUGGUCACUCAGGGAAGAACCAGCAGCUAGAAACGGCCGCCUCUGAGGAGGGCAGCACCACCCAUUUUCCCAGAGGCCUGCCUUAAAUUCUAGCAUUCAGAGGCAUGCAUUAGAAUAUAUUAAUAAGAUUCACACAUCCAGAUCAAGAAAGAUAUGUACAGAGGAGAAAAACCAUUUCAAAUGGAGCUGCGGUUUUAACAUAGCAGAAAAAUCCUUGAAACAGAAGAUUGGCCCUUUCUAGUUGAUUUAUUAUAUUAAUAUUUAACUAUACAAGCACGAGGAUUACCUUUUUCUGGGUUUUUUUGUGAAUUUUUUUUUUUUAAGAUGGAGUCUUGCUCU